AUGUCUUCUAUUAUUCAACUUCCUCCCUCCGCACGCCCUGCAGAUUCCGUUCCAUUGAAAUAUGGGAUCAUCGUACACAGUGGUUUCCAAGCGCUCGACGUCUUCGGCCCUUUGGAUGCGUUGAACGCGCUAUCACUUUGUUACCCUCUGCAACUCUUUAUAAUUGCCGAAACACUGGAUCCGGUCUCGACAAAGCCACCAGGAUCCCUUGGUAAUCCGACUUCCAAUUUUGCGCAAUCUAUCGUCCCUACGCAUACCUUCGACACUGUUCCGGCACUCGAUGUCCUGAUUGUGCCAGGAGGAGUUGGCAAUAGAAUACCUGAAGUCGUUGCACGGGCCAUAGAAUACAUCGCGGAUGUAUACCCAUCUCUUCAAUUUUUGUUGACGGUGUGUACUGGAUCCAGGUUGGUGGCGGAGGCUGGGGUAUUAGAUGGGCGAAAGGCAACGACCAAUAAAGCAGCCUGGGCGCGCACUAUUGCUUAUAGACCCCAGGUCAAUUGGGUGCCACACGCUCGGUGGGUCGUGGACGGAAACAUUUGGACAGCAUCCGGCGUCAGUGCAGGCAUCGAUCUAAUCUUCGCAUACAUCGGUGAAGUCUACGGAGAAGAGGUGGCUACUUUAUUAUCAAAUUUCAUGGAAUAUGAGAGACAUCAAGACUCGACUUGGGAUCCGUAUGCAGAACUGUAUUCAUUGUAG